UCUAAGUUUAUAAUAGAGAAGCGUAAAUCAAUCAAAAGUUCUUUCAAUUAUUUUUAAAUUGGAAUUAUUUGAUAACGUGUUGAGAUAUGAGUUCUUCUUCCUCCACAGAUUACAGCGUACGCUGGGAAAAAUACAGUAUUGGAUUGGAUCAUUUUGAAUGCGCGCGAAUUUCAUUUGUCAGAGCCACACAAGAACCAAGCCUAAUGUCCAUAUGGUCGACAAGCACUGGACGCAAUUCAGUGUUUGGCGCGGAGGACGGAGCGGUACUCCCCUCUUCGCAUUUGCCGAUACACGUGGCGCGCACACAUCUGCGCAACAUUGACGGCCACUGCUUCCAUAAGCGGUUCCACGAGUGUCAGCACCCGUUGGUUUUUGUCCUACACAGGACUUUUGGCAAGUUCUCCCAUUGGCACCAACGUUGCCAUCUACUUUCGUCAAAGAUGUCACAGUCAGGAGAUGGCCUUCACACGCCGGGUUAUCUCUCUUGGAGAAAAUUACAACUCAGCCGAGCGAAACUUAAAGCGUCAAGCAAGACGUCUGCUCUACUUUCCGGUUUUGCUAUGGUAGCCAUGGUUGAAGUACAAUUGAAUUCCGAUACGAAAGUACCUUCAGAGAUGUUAAUUGCCUUCGCUGUAUGUACUACCUUGCUGGUCGCGGUUCAUAUGUUAGCCUUAAUGAUAUCAACAUGUAUUUUACCAAAUAUUGAAGCUGUAUGCAAUUUACAUAGUAUAAGUUUGGUACAUGAAUCACCACAUGAACGUUUACAUUGGUACAUCGAAGUAGCAUGGGCAUUUUCCACUUUAUUAGGACUUUUACUAUUCUUAUUGGAAAUUGCUAUACUUUGUUGGGUAAAGUUUUAUGACUUUUCAGAAGUGGCCGCUUGGUCCGCUUGUAUCGUAUUAAUACCAGUACUAAUAAUUUUUCUUGCAUUCGCGAUACAUUUUUAUCGAAGUUUGGUAGCUCACAAAUAUGAAGUCACAGUAUCUGGUAUAAGGGAAUUGGAGUUACUUAAAGAACAAAUAGAAUCAACCGAUGUUGAGGGUAGGAAUGGUGUAAAUUUGCUACAAACCAGUGGCGUGACGCAUGUAGUUUGAACAUAAUGAGACAUGAUUUAUGUUACUUUUAAAAUGUGAUAAUCUCUUAUAAUGGAGGAUGAUGAAUCUCUGAUUAUCUGCUCAGGCUGCAAUAUAAACUUAUACAUGUUAUAUAUAUUAUAAUGCAAGAUGAAAAUUGAUUCAAAAAGUUUGAGAAAAUAAUUGUGUAUAUAACAAAUUUACACUAGAUGUGAUUUUUGAAUCACAUAAGAGAAUAUUCAAUACUUGAAAAACAUAAUAACUUUGAAAGAAAACAACUAUUUCUUUCAAUAAGCGAUAUAUUGUAUUCUUCCUCAUAUUUAUCCACAUAGUGAUGAAUUUUACAUGUACUGAAAAGUAAUUUUUGAUGAAAAAGUGUGCGUAUGAAAGCCAAACAUUCCUUUUCUCGCAUAGCGACUUAAUCUAUCAAAAAACGGUAUGCAGUAAUAUUUAUCAUAUGAUUUUCUUUAGUUAUAACUCAAAAAGCAACAAUUGCGAAUAUAAGUUUAUAUUUUUCGUUGACAAUGCGUGACUAACUCGCGUUGAAUGUACUUAUUAUCUCGUUUAAAAAUAUGCUUCCCGGUAUUAUUCACAGUUUUUAUAAUUUUGUUCGUUUAAUUUAUUAUUUUAUAAUCUUAUAAGACGUCCCAUGCUCAAGUGACAUUUCAAGUUUUUUACAUGGAGACAAAAUAAUUUCCUAUUUUAUUGUCUCUGUUGUAUUUGUACUUGGUUGUCAAAUUACUGCCAUCGCUGAAAGAGUGGUAAUUAUAUUGUACAUACUUUUUAUUGCAAACAAAUGAUUUAUAUAUAUAUUUGUUGAUAGAAAAAAUAUGCAAAAUUGAAGUACUUUUGCUACAAUAAAUUAUAUAAAUAACAUUGA